UCACACGCUCCCUCCCGGACGGGUAGGCUGGACCCGGCCAACUUCCACGCAGAGAGGAAAAAAGUAGGAAAACAACUCCUCCUUCCACGCGCCGCGGUUUGUCCUGGCCUGUGUGUGUGUUUGGAGUUGUUACAGCGCCCAUCGGCAGGGAAACAGCUCGCAGGAGCGCUGCUAAAGAAGUUGCACCCACUUAGCCGCUGUUGAAGGCGGCGUGUCGCCGGGACGCUCUCGCUGCAAUGGAGCACAGCGACUGACCUGAUCGGAUCUUGGGGAUUGCCUUUUCUUGGAUUCUAGCAGUUUAACCGAGCCGGUUCGGCUUUUCCCGCGGUAUUCUUUUUGGUUAUUCUGGAAGACGAGUAAAUACUGUGGCCAUGCCAGGGAAAACCAAGUAUAACCUCGUUGAUGAUGGUCAUGAUCUGAGGAUCCCGUUGCACAACGAGGAAGCAUUCCAGCAUGGGAUCAACUUCGAGGCAAAGUACAUCGGCAGCCUGGAUGUGGCGCGGCCGAACAGCCGAGUGGAGAUCGUGGCUGCGAUGAGGAGAAUACGGUAUGAGUUUAAAGUGAAAAACAUCAAGAAGAAAAAGGUCAACAUCGUGGUGUCGGUGGACGGCGUGAAAGUCACCUUGAGGAAAAAGAAAAAAAAGAAGGAAUGGACAUGGGAUGAGAGCAAGAUGAUGGUUAUGCAGGAUCCUAUUUACAGGAUAUUCUACGUGUCUCAUGACUCCCAAGACCUGAAGAUCUUCAGCUACAUCGCCAGAGACGGACAGAGCAACGUCUUCCGCUGCAACGUCUUCAAGUCCAAGAAGAAGAGCCAGGCCAUGCGUAUCGUGCGGACGGUCGGCCAGGCCUUCGAGGUUUGUCAUAAACUGAGCCUGCAGCACACACAGCAGAACGCAGACGGACAGGAGGACUGCCACAACGAAAAGAACGACUCCUCUGUCACAGCUCGGGAGCUGACCGGCGCGGAGAAGGCGGCCACGGUUGCCGAGGAGACAGACAUCGAUGCGGAGGAGACGAGCCAGUCGCCAGCGGCGGAGGAGGUCAGCCACAGCCGAGGAGUGACUGACCUGGACGCCACCGCCAAGACCGCCGAGCUCAACCACACAGAUAGCAAGGCUCCAGAAGAGGCCUCUCUGCUGAUGUCCAGCCCCAGGAUGCUGCUCCCUGCGUCGGGCACACUGCCGCCGGGAGCCCCCCUGUCCGUCCACCACCAGAUCCAGCUGCUCCAGCAGCAGCUGCAGCAGCAACAGCAGCAGACGCAAGUGGCUGUGGCACAGGUCCACCUGUUGAAGGACCAGCUGAGCGCGGAGGCCACGGCUCGGCUGGAGGCGCAGGCUCGAGUCCACCAGCUGCUGCUGCAGAACAAGGACCUGCUGCAGCACAUCUCGCUGCUGGUCAAGCAGAUCCAGGAGCUGGAAACCAAAUUCUCCGGACCAAACUCCAUGGGAUCCCAGGACAGCCUGUUGGAGAUCACCUUCCGGUCCACCGUGCCCCCGGUGCUCUGUGACCCCACCACCCCGAAGCCCGAGGUGGCCAACCUGAACCUGCCGUCUCUGGGCGCCGGCGACGGGACGAGCAACGCCUUCUCGUCGUCCAGCGGGGCGCUCGGAAGCCCCCUAGUUGAUCAGAGCAUGUUUGAGAACUCCAUCGCCCAGCAGCAGAGCCCUCAGAGCUCCAGGCCGGGCCAGCCUUUGGCCCGACGCACCCAGGGCACGGCUAACCCUAACCUGGGCGGGGGCUCCGUGGACUCCCCGUCCUCUGGAGGCCAGCAGAGGCUGAAAAACGCCAUUAACCUGGGCAAGGCGGUCGGGGCAAAGGUCAACGAUCUGCUGAGGAGGAAGGAGCCCAGUCACCUCGGAGACAUCGGCGUCACCGAGGUGAACAAGAACGUGGGAGCUGUGUGGAGCUGCAUGGACCAGCUCAGCCAGAGCACCGCCAACAGCCACAUCUCCCUGGACUCCUUCCCCCGGCUGGACCCGCCGCCUCCCACGGGGAAGAAGCGCCUCCCGCGGGCGCUGAAGACCACCCAGGACAUGAUGAUCUCCUCCGACCCCGUGGUCACCUCUCCGGAAACCGCCGACUCCGCGUCCUUCCUCUCCUCGCCCGACAAGGCGCCGCUCCUCGACAGAGAGGAGCCGGCCAACGGUGAGGAGCUGCGGAGCGAGAAGGAGGAGGAGGAGCCGGAGCAAAACAAGGCGGAGGCGACAGAAGGGCCCGAGCAGACCGAGAGGAACCUCACGGGGAGCCACGGGAAGACGGAUGGAGUGACAGGCGAAGGAGAGGAUGACGCAGAGGAGAAGAGCGUGGAGGAACGCCAGCUCCAGCUCCAGCUCUCCGUCCCGGACCUGAUCCACAAGGACCCCCCGCUGCUGGAGCCCAGAGCCAAAACCUGCGAGGCCUGGCAGAGGGCGUCCGGGCCGGACUCCAGGCUGGCCUCCACGCCCUGCCACGGUAAAGCCGCCUACCGCAUCAGCCUGGGCGAGGAGGUGCUGCUGGAGAACGGCGCCCCCUGCAGGAAAAACGCCGGGGUGAGCGCCGAGGACGCAGAACCCCACCCGGACCUGCUUUCGUUUGAGUAGCAAGCCGGGGAGAUUUACCAGAGCAGUAUAUUUCAAGUAUCUGAGAAAAAAAAAGAAAAAAAAAAAGGAACUUAGGAAGCGCUUGGUUUAACUUUCUCCUCUCAUUUCUGCUCAAGAGGCCGCUGAAGUGCCUGUCAUGUUAAUUGAAACGCACUGCAAUAAGUAGAUAAAAUAUUCACAGCCAAUUUUGAAUGCAUAAUCUGCUCUGCUCCGUGGUAAAGCAGAGGCUGAUUUAGAGAAGCCCUGAUGACCCUUCACGUCUUUUUUCCCCUCCCCUCUCUCUCUCUCUCUCUCUCUUUCUUCCUUUCUUUCUGCAGAACAUAGAGGUUCUGCUCCCAAAUUGGCUGAAGUCUCUUUACACAUUACAGUGAAUUUUUUAAGCUAUUAUUGAAAGGAAACACUUCCAGCCGGCAUGAAAAAAAAAAGUAAGAAAUACAUACCAGGGCAGAGGCCGGAUCUCUGAUCUUGAUCCUGGCAGCUUUGUCGAAGCACAGACAGGUUAAAAGAAAAAAAAAAAAAGAAAAAAGAAAGAAAGAAAAAGAAAAGGUUUUGGCCCCGGUGGUAAAAAUCUGUCUCCCUUAUCUAUCAAGCCUCUCUGAGUGAGACAGCUUGAUCGUCAUGAUAGGAGA